AUGGCUCAAAUGAGCUUUCAAUCUCCUUUGCUACUACUUAUUAGCAUGAUGAUGGUCGUAGAAGUCCUUGCGGAAAUAGCACCUUCUCCCUGCGAUCCCGGUCCAUCAGAAAUUCCCGCAAUAUGUGACAAAAUAGUUCUAACGGACCUUAAUUUCAUCCACGCCGUUGAAUCAGCUGUUCGGGAUUUGGACAUGAACCUCACGUUCAUGGCUCUGAUUCAGGGCGAAAUAGGUUAUGGGGAGGGUCAGUCGUACACUCUACUUAUUCAGGUUCGCAACGGAACUGGUGGUGUUGGGUAUUAUGAGGUUAAAUUCUAUGAUUACAUCGAAGAAAUCCAAGAGUUGGCUCGUCCUUCGGAUUUUUUGUCACCAUGUGCGUUCAAGUACUGCUAG